AUGUCAUACGAGUCAAAUCGAUGUUUAUUUUAUUUAUUAAUUAUUUUUAUUAUUAUUCAAAUAACAAGAACUGAAAAUUUUGUAUGUGAAAAAGAUGGAUUUUUUCCAGAUAAACGUGAUUGUUGGCUUUAUCAUAUUUGUGUUGGUACAACACAUUCAGUUAAAGCAUGUAAAGAUGAUCUUUUAUUUAAUCCAAUUAAAAAUGAAUGUGAUUGGGCUAUGAAUGUUAAUUGUAAUCAUACAUCAUAUGAUGAUACUCUUCCAGCUACAACAAGUGCAACAACAACAACAACAACAAGACAUAUUCUUUAUCCACUAAAUUAUAAGAUUCCUAUUAAGAAUAAUAUAUCACAUGGUUCAAUUUUUGAUUAUUUAUGUCAAUCUAUUGAUAAUGACUAUAUAGCUCAUCCAACUGAUUGUAAACAAUAUGCUUAUUGUGCAAAUGGCAUACCACAAGCUAAACUAUGUAAAAAAGGUUUAUAUUGGUCACAAGCUGAAAAAAUGUGUGUUUGGCCUGCACAAUCAGACUGCCCAGUGAAGAAUCUUAGUCCAGCAUCGUCUAUUUCAUUAUCGACAAUUCGUAAUGCACCAUGGAUACGUCGAGACACAACUUAUCCAUCAUCUUAUAUUCUAACAGAUAUUCCAGUUGCUCCUUCAUCAUCCGAUAUUUAUAAACCAUCAAUAAUAUGUCCUCAAAGUAAAUCAUGGCGUGUACCAGAUCCAUAUGAUUGUUCAAUUUAUCAUGAUUGUUAUCAUGGUACUGAUCUUGUAUCACAUUGUCCAGCACAACUUCAAUAUAGUCCUGAUAAACAAAGUUGUGAUUAUACACAAAAUGUUCAAUGUAAUAAUAAAUGUACAACAAAAAAUGAAGGUGCUCGUUUUAUUGAUUUAACAAGUUGUUGUCAUUAUUAUGAAUGUAUAUCAGGUAAAUUAAUUCUUCAAUCAUGUUCACAUCCAAAUUUAUUUGAUAUACAAAUUCGUAAAUGUUUACCAUAUAAAAAAGUAAAAUGUGAUGGACGACGACAAUGUUUAAGUCAUUAUUUAUCAAAUUAUGAUGCUGCAAAAAAUUUAUGUAGUUUUGUUCCAUCAUGUACUGAUCAUGGUGAUGGAUUUUAUCUUGAUCGAACAAAACCAAAUUGUCAAUCAUAUAUACAAUGUUUAGAUAAUCGUGUAGUAAAUCAAAGUCGUUGUCCAAAUGGUCAACGUUUUAAUAGAAAUAUGGGUCGAUGUACAUCUGCUGAUCAAGUACCUUGUUUUGCAUUACCAUCGAUUCAAAUAUCAUUUAUCAUAUUUCUUCUUUCAAUAGCCUCAAAUAUGAUCCUGUGA